CCGCCGGGCGCGCAGGUGAGGCGGCUGGCGCGCUGCCCCGCCACUUGCAGCUGUACCAAGGAGUCCAUCAUCUGCGUGGGCUCCUCCUGGGUGCCCAGGAUCGUGCCGGGCGACAUCAGCUCCCUGAGCCUGGUAAAUGGAACAUUUUCGGAAAUCAAGGACCGAAUGUUUUCCCAUCUGCCUUCCCUGCAGCUGCUAUUGCUGAAUUCUAACUCAUUUACCAUCAUCCGGGAUGAUGCUUUUGCUGGACUUUUCCAUCUUGAAUACCUGUUCAUUGAAGGGAACAAAAUAGAAACCAUUUCAAGAAAUGCAUUUCGUGGUCUCCGUGACCUGACUCACCUUUCUUUGGCCAAUAACCACAUAAAAGCACUCCCAAGGGAUGUCUUCAGUGAUUUAGACUCUCUGAUUGAACUCGAUUUAAGGGGCAAUAAAUUCGAAUGUGACUGCAAAGCCAAGUGGUUGUAUUUGUGGUUGAAGAUGACCAAUUCCACUGUCUCCGAUGUCCUCUGUAUCGGUCCACCAGAAUACCAGGAAAAGAAGCUAAAUGAUGUGCCCAGCUUCGACUACGAAUGUACCACUACAGAUUUUGUUGUUCAUCAGACUUUGCCCUACCAGUCGGUUUCGGUGGAUACAUUCAACUCCAAGAAUGACGUGUACGUGGCCAUCGCUCAGCCGAGCAUGGAGAACUGCAUGGUGCUGGAGUGGGACCACAUCGAAAUGAAUUUCCGGAGCUAUGACAACAUUACAGGUCAGUCCAUUGUGGGCUGUAAGGCCAUCCUCAUCGACGACCAGGUUUUCGUGGUGGUGGCCCAGCUCUUCGGCGGCUCUCACAUCUACAAAUACGAUGAGAGCUGGACCAAGUUUGUCAAAUUCCAGGACAUCGAAGUCUCUCGCAUUUCAAAGCCCAAUGACAUCGAGCUGUUUCAGAUCGAGGACGAGACGUUCUUCAUCAUCGCAGACAGCUCUAAAGCUGGUCUGUCCACGGUAUAUAAAUGGAACAGCAAAGGGUUCUACUCCUACCAAUCUCUGCACGAGUGGUUCAGGGACACGGAUGCAGAAUUUGUUGACAUAGACGGGAAGUCGCAUCUGAUUCUGUCCAGCCGCUCCCAGGUCCCCAUCAUCCUCCAGUGGAAUAAAAGCUCUAAGAAGUUUGUCCCCCACAGUGAUAUCCCCAACAUGGAGGAUGUACUGGCCGUGAAGAGCUUUAGGAUGCAGAAUGCCCUCUACCUUUCCCUCACCCGCUUCAUCGGGGACUCCAGGGUCAUGAGGUGGAAUAGUAAGCAGUUUGUGGAGAUCCAGGCUCUUCCAUCCCGGGGGGCCAUGACCCUGCAGCCCUUUUCUUUUAAAGAUAAUCACUACCUGGCCCUGGGGAGUGACUAUACAUUCUCCCAGAUCUACCAGUGGGAUAAAGAAAAGCAGCUAUUCAAAAAAUUCAAGGAGAUUUAUGUGCAGGCACCUCGUUCCUUCACAGCUGUCUCCACUGACAGGAGAGAUUUCUUUUUUGCAUCCAGUUUCAAAGGGAAAACAAAGAUUUUUGAACAUAUAGUCGUUGACUUAAGUUUGUGA